GGAAUGCACAGCACAUCACAGCACCACACGCACACGUAUAUGUAUAGACUAGAGAGAGAGAGUGUGUUUUUAGAGUGAGAAAGAGGGGCAAACCAAGGUGAGGAGGCCGUAGGGAGGCAAGCGAUACACAAAAAAAGAGAGUUUUUAGGGAGAGGAAGAGAGAGAAGUACUCAUUGUAAAUUGUAGAAUUAAUAUAUUCUCCGGAAGCUAAUGGACGCCACCACCGGCACGACGGCUGGCAGGCCGCGCACGGCGGCCCUCCGGGUGGAGUCUGUGACUAAUUUGCUGUCGAGAUAUGUCCAUAACCGACACUUGAACAACCCCUCAUUCCUCUUCAACCUCUGCUUCUCCUUAGCCAAAUGUAUUGAUCAUGCAAUUGCAAACAACGAAGUUCCAUCAAAUUCUUGUGGUUUGCCUCUACUGCUAAAACAGGUAUAUAAAUGUAAGAGUGACUUCUCGUUCGUAGUGGCUUUUAUGGUGCUCAUGAUCUCUGUCAAGAGUGCUUGUAAGAUUGGAUGGUUUCCAGAUAAAGACACUUGUUAUCUUCUUACGCUGGCCGAUGAGGUUGGGAGAAACUUCUCUAGUACAGAGGAUAAUAAUGUUGAACCAAGCCGUGCUCUUCCUUGUAUUUCAAAAAUUAUGUCAAGAUUCUAUCCAAAAAUGAAGAUUGGCCACAUACUUGCUUCACUUGAGGUUAAGCCCGGGUAUAAGGCUUUUAUGGCUGACUUCCACAUGUCAAGGAGUAUGGUUGAACCUGCGCAUGAAAAGAUAUGGCUACUUGUAGCUCGUACGGACAGUUCAGACACUUCCUCUUGCAUUAUCACUCCACCUCAAGGGAACUUUCUAUUAAAUGGAAAAGGAGUAUGUGGAAGGAAUAAUGUUUCCAUGGACAACAGACCACAGCUUCCAACAAAUGUCACAGCAAUGCUCAAAUAUGGAAUAAAUCUUCUACAAGCUAUCGGACAUUUUGAUGGUUGUUACAUUAUUGUCAUAGCAACCAUAAGUAUGAUAUCAUCUUCUGGCACUCCAGAGCUACUAGAUUAUCCGCAACCUGGUGCUUCAGUUGAUUCUGAUAUUGAUAUCAUCUCGGCACGGAUUUCAUUGAACUGCCCCAUACGCCAAUGUCGUAUGAGAACUCCCGUGAAAGGACAUCUCUGCAAGCAUUUUCAGUGCUUUGAUUAUGAUAAUUUUUUGGAAAUAAACUCGAAAAGACCUUCCUGGCGAUGUCCUUAUUGUAACCAGUCAGUCUGCUACCCAGAAAUUCGCAUUGAUCAGAAUGUAGUCAAGGUCUUGAAAGAGGUGGGAGGAAAUGUAGUUGAUGUGAUUAUCUCAAUGGAUGGAUCUUGGAAGGCUGUCUUGGAAAACAAUGACCAUUCAGCUCAAAGACAUGAUGAGACCAAAAUUAGUCAGCAAGAAUCCUCAGGUAUUAUAGGAAUUCCAGAUCAAAGUUUUUCCACUAGCAGUAGUCUUACACAUACAGAAUUCAGCAAUAGGUGCCAAAACCCUUCUGCUCAAAUAAAGGAUGACUUAAGGCUAGUAAUUUACCCGAUCAUUUCUUCAGUCUUCUGUAGCUCAGCAGCUCUUGAUACUAAUUUGAGUGCCCUUAAGGUUAAUAGCAUUUCUAAUACCCCUCCUGUUGAUUUGGUGGGUCCGUCUGCUCUGAGUGAUGUUCUUUCUCUGGCUCCUCAUCGAGAACCAGCGAGUGUUCAUGGGAUAACACAACCAACAACCACCUUAUUGCAGAACCAACCGUUCAAUCCCAAUAAUUUGCAUUUACAGCAGUCAGCAUUUAGAAGUUCUCCAAGUGCAAUGCAAACACGUCCAGCACAGGCACAGAUACCUGGUUCGUGUCAACUAAGAAGAAUCCCGGAUACAUUCAUGCCCGGUGGUGCAUCUCCUGCUACAUUUCAAAGUGUUGCUUCCGCGGCACCCAAUAAGGUUGGAUAUGAUACACUUACUGGAGGCACAGAAAGAGAGCGACUGUUUUGUAGGUCGCAUAUGAUUUCAUUUCCAGUUUCAGACAUGGUCUCAUCAUCACCUAUGCAACAACAUUCACCCAUACAGAAUAUGCUGUCAGUCCAACAGGCUGUUGAUCUUGCUCAAAGCUCAGGUGCUUACAGUGUCUCCUACAUGCCUUCGUUGAUGCAGCAAAAACAGCAGCACUCAAACCUUCCAAGCAUGAGGAUGACUCAAGCCGUGAACCUAUCUCAAAACUUUGUUCAUCAAUCUAUUCCUGCCCCUUCGGUGCAGGUUCAGCAACACAGUGGUGGUAAUCAAGUCACUGGGACUGCUCAGCCACCAGCUCAGAUUUCAAGAGCACCACCAUCAGUUCCAGUUCAGCUUGCACCAUCAAGGACAGGCUCGGCAUUCUCUCUUGACAUGGUUACUGAGCCGCUAAGAAAAACAGGUGAACAACAAGAGAAUGUGGGAGGGGCAACACAGCAGAUCUCAAGGAGCGAUGGUUUGGCAGCAUUGGCAUCAGAGCAGAACUGGAGGCCCUCUGGGAGAAUGAGGGGAAGCCUCACAGGUGAAGCUUAUUCUGCUGCAUUUAGACAGUUCAUAUUUCAACCAACCCAACCUGCUCAAGCUUCCCAACCGCUUCCUAAUCUGUCGACAAAUCCUGCUCCCUUGACUAAUCAACAUAACCAGUUCUCAGAUUGCUUUGCAAACCCAACCAAAUAUAGGAAAUGCAACUAAUAUUCCAUGGAGCUUGGUCACUUUACCCUAAUGUUUUUUUGCCGAUGGUUGCUUAAAUGGUUAUCUGAAGGUAAUUGAGCAGCUCCUUUAUAUUAUGCGAACUUUUUUUGAUCUGCAUGGCAUGUUCGUACCAUGGUCUACAAUAUAUAAUAGUUGUUUGUCAUUACAUGAGAUGAUCAAUUGCUUUGAUUAGGAUAUAGUGGUUAACCUGAGAUACAUGAUAGCGGACAAAUGCUCAUGGUUGUACAGUACACAGAAUGAGCUGGUUUUUGUUCAAGUAAAAGCAAUUUCAGGCUCAAUUUUCUUACUUUAUUUUUCCUUUUG